AUGUACAUUCCGGCCCAACCCCACCAAGCAACCCAGUUCAACGUCUUCCUCCAAAACUUCUACUCGGACAAGACGAUGAAAAGAGUAUCUCGGCACAACUCCGCCUUGUCAAUCUCGUUACCAACAGAUCCAACGAUCACCUCAUCAUCGUCAGCAACAAACCGAUUCACAUCAACUACACCCUCAACAGCGCUGGAGCUUUCUGACCAGGUCGCACACAUUAAGAAGCUCGAGACCCUGACGAGGGAGCAGAAUACCGAGCUUAAGCAGUAUCGGAAACAACACAAGGCGAUUGAGGUAGUCGAGGAGGAGAAGAGGUCGCUACAGGCGAAGCUGCGCAAGAUGGAUGACUUGGAACGUCGACUGGGUGAGGCUGAGUUGAGAAUGCAGGUUCUAGAAGAAGAGCGCCAUUCGUGGACGUCCAUCGAGCCCACUGAAUUCUUCUUCUUCCCCUUCUUCCCCUUCUUCCCCUUCUUCCUCUUCCUCCUCUUCCUCCUCUUCUUCACCACCAGCCCUGACUCUUGA